AAGUAGCAGCAGCCACAGACCUAGGAGCAGCAGCAGCAGCAGCAGUGUUAUUAUUGACUCCAGUUCCUCGUCUCUGUCACCAUGGCGUUCCUCUGCAGAAGUGCCGCGGUGCUUCUGAAGCCCUGCAGCCGAGCUCCGGCCGCCAUGAGCGCCCUGUCCGCAGCCCGGCUCUACAGCUCAGGCGGUCAGUAUGAGUAUAUUCUGGUGGAUAAGCGAGGUGAGAAGAGCAACGUGGGUUUCAUCCAGCUGAACCGGCCUAAGGCUCUCAACGCCCUGUGUGAUGGGCUGAUGACGGAGUUGGGACGGGCCCUGGACUCUUUUGAAGCUGACGCAGAUGUCGGAGCUAUCGUCAUUACCGGCAGUGACCGAGCCUUCGCUGCUGGAGCAGACAUUAAAGAGAUGCAGAAUCGAACCUUCCAGGAAUGUUAUGGUGGAAACUUCCUGGCUCAUUGGAACAGGGUGUCCACAGUGAGGAAACCUGUCAUUGCAGCUGUCAAUGGAUUUGCUCUGGGUGGAGGCUGCGAGCUGGCCAUGAUGUGUGACAUCAUCUACGCCGGAGAGAAGGCGCAGUUCGGCCAACCAGAGAUCCUGUUGGGAACCAUUCCUGGGGCCGGAGGCACCCAGCGCCUGACUCGUGCAGUGGGCAAGUCCCUGGCGAUGGAAAUGGUUCUAACAGGAGACAAGGUCAACGCUCAAGAAGCCAAGCAAUCAGGUUUAGUGAGUAAAGUUUAUCCUGUGGACCAGCUGGUGUCUGAAGCUGUUAAAUGUGGGGAAAAGAUUGCAGCCAACUCCAAACUGGUCUCUUCUAUGGCUAAAGAGGCUGUUAACGCAGCUUUUGAGCUGACUUUGGCCGAGGGGAACCGUUUGGAAAAGCGCUUAUUCCACUCCACCUUUGCUACGGAUGAUCGCAAAGAAGGCAUGACAGCCUUUGUGGAGAAGAGAAAGGCUGAUUUCAAGGACAAUUAGAAGAGAUCGGAUGAAGAGCAAAGCCAAGAAAACUCAGAUCCUGAUAUUACUGGGUCAUUAUCUUUUCCACAACAACUUGGAUGCAAAACACCUGACUCUAGUGGAACAUGUCUGUAUGAGUUUAGAUCUGACAAAGUGAUUGAGAGCACAGCAGUGUCUUCGUCAUCACAGUGAAGCUGCUGCUGAGGCUCAGUAUAAAUCAGAUGCAGUUCAGGUACAGGUGGGUGCGGUGGGUGUGUAUGUGAACACUAUAUGCUAACCGUGUUAUAGUCAGUGUGUCAUAGGAGGAAUCUGCCGAUGACUUGUACUGACUUUGCCUUUUUCCUUUUGUCAAAUGUUUGUCUUCAUUUCUUAGGCAGACGUUUUCCAUGUGUACAUUUUACUAAUAAAGCUCUAGAUUGAUUUUCA